AUGCUGCCGGGCUCCAUCCAGAUCAGCGGGGAGUCUCUGUCCGGGGCCGAGAUCAGAGACAUCUGUGACGGCCUGAAGGACAACAGCGUCCGGCUGCUGUCGGUGCGGGGCUGCCAGCUGUCGGACCGGGACUUCGGCCGGGUGUGUCGCGGCGUGUCGGAGUCUCACAGUCUGGCUCAGCUCAACCUGAACCUCGGCGUGGUGUCCAGCAUGAGCCGCACCAAGCAGCUGAGCGACGCCCUGAACACCAACCGGUCCCUGCACACCCUCUUUCUUCAUGGUAGUCCUCUGACAGAUGCAGGUCUGGUGACUCUGAACUCGUCUCUCUCCUCUCACCCAUCUCUGGUGUGUUUGGAUUUGGGAGACUGCAUGUUGGGAGACGAGGCGCUCCGACUCGUCUGUGGGAUGCUUCCACCAGAUGGAGCCAAGUCAGGCCUUAGGGAACUGACGCUGAGCGCCAACCCAGGAAUCAGCAGCAAAGGCUGGGCACGCCUCGCCAUCGCUGUGGCCCACAGCUCCCAGCUCCGAGUCCUCAACCUGGACUACAACCCACUGGGAGACCAGAUCGCCGGCAUGCUGGCGGUGGCGGUGGCGUCCAGCAGAACUCUGGAGGUUUUGGACCUGGAGGGAACUGGACUCACCAACCAGUCUGCUCAGGUGUUUCUGGACAUGGUGGAGAAUUAUCCGACCAGUCUGCGGGUUCUGGUUCUGUCAGAGAACGCCGUCAGCCCGGAGCUCCAGCAGCAGAUCUGUGACUUGCUGUCAGAGGGCGAGGAAGAUGACGACAAAGAGGCUCUGCCGCUGGAGCCAAGCCCCGCCUCCAGCAGUGCCCUGCUGCCAAUCAGGAGCAAACACCUGCCUCCGUCCUGGUUCCCCCACAGCAAGUCCAGUCCCCAGAUGGUCUUGCUGACGUCAGGUCUAGGUGAGAGCUUAUUGGCUGAAACAGAGAUGUAGACACACCCACCUCUUCUUAACACUCACGUUUAGUUUUGAGUUCGUUUGAUUUCAC